AUGUCUAACGGCAAUUCACGGAGAGAAGUGCCCAUGUCCCUUGAUGAUCAGUCCCAUUAUGUUCGCACACAAGAGUAUGCAGCUACGCCGCGAAUUCCAACCUCGCGCGGAUCUCUCGGGGCAGCUUAUUACGGGUUGUCUGGCAUAGGCAACGAUGACACUGUAAUCGUCGACCAGAAAAUUUUCAACCGCGAUUCCCACGACUUUGCGGAGGGAGAGUUUGUUUGUCCCGGAUUUUUCAACCGCGUCGAUCUAGGCGGGUUCACCCGCCGCUUCAGCCCUUCGCAAUGGAAUUACGAUAUGCGUCGCCAGGCCCAGUCGGUCCUUCCAUUCUUAUCUCUUGGGCCUUCAUCAUGUCUACGUGAUGCCGAUUACCUCCGCAGUCAAGGAUUCACACUACUUCUCGCUAUUCGAAGUCGGCACUCGGCCCAGGCACGUCUCGUCUCGGGCGAAAAGGCUGCGGCCGAGGUUGGUAUCAUGGCCGACACGGUUGAUGUCCUUGAUAACCAAGAGCUCAUUUCUGCAUUUCCACGCGCUAUCCGCCGCAUAAAUGAUCACCUGGCUGGUGUGGAUGUGGGACCCGACGGAAUGGUGUCAGACAGUCAACAACAGAAAAGGAAAGUCCUUGUCUUCUGUGAAUCCGGGAAUGAACGCUCCGCUGGUGUCGUCAUUGCCUACAUAAUGGUCAUGCUCAAUAUUCAGUCUGUUGAAGCCACGCACAUGAUUCAGCAGCGUCGCUUCUGUGUUUCAAUCGAGGACACCAUGAAAUACAUCCUCACAGCUUUCGAGUCCAUUCUUUCUGCUAAGCGUGAUGUUGAGCGUGCUAAACGAGUUACUGGUCGUGGGGCUGCGACUCUUGCGCCCCCAUCUCAACCACCAACGAUUACGAAGAAGCGAAGUUUCCACGAUCAUAGGGAUGAUGCUCUUGCUACGGGGGAGGGCGAAAUGGACAUGGAUGAGGAUGAGGACCCCUACUAUGAGCGAAAGCCGAAUGCUCCCUUCCAAGACCGCGUGGUCUAG